UUUACGAAAGGAUAUAUACAAGAGAAGAAGCCUGGGGAUAGAGAGAGCGGGUAGAAUGCAUGGUGAUGAAAUAUACAUGAUAUAGAACAGAAGGUAGCGUUUCUCCGAGUUAAAACGGGCAAAUGCCGGUUUCCUUCUUUUUUGUACAAGUGCCUCUAUAUAUAGCCGGCCCCCUUUCCCAAACCAACCCGCCCGCUUCUAUGCUUGCUACCCUCUUAUCUAACACCCAAGAGAUUCGCGUGAGUCCCUCUUUAGGUAAUCGUACAGAGGCCUCGCCGUCUCCUCUUACCUCUUCAUUUCCUGAAGGCCACCAUGUAGCAGCCUUGCCUCCGUGCCCAGCUUGCAAGUCGGGCGUCUUAUCAGUGACCUUCUGCUCCCUCUGGCUGGCUGAUUGUGCUGCGCAGACACAUGACCGCGGGCAACCUGGUCUCAAGGGCCACAGCUGCCGUAGCAUGGAGCAUGCUUAUCUCAUGGCCAAGUCGGUGUCCCCCAAUUGACUGACACGGGGUAUGGCAGGAAAAGGGCAGGACAAAUAGCA